UCAGGAAGCGGCCGAUCCCGACAAGCAGGAAGGCAGGAAGGAAGGAAGGAGCGAGGAUCGUGUGUCUGUGUCUCUAUGUUUGUGUCUCAGCUCCUCCCGGGACCCGCGGAGAUGCCGGGCGUCGCCCUCAGCCUCGUGUUACUGCUGUUCCGGCUGCCGGCACCGGGUGCUGAGAUGGUGUUGGUCACCACUGGUCUGGAUGUGACCAUUAACAUCAGACAAGCCGUCGGCAGUCCGAGCUUUGCCGACUGCCAAAUGUGUAUCGUGGGGGAUGGUGAUAUAGUUUGUCAUCAGGAGUAUCGGUUCCUCCCGAAUGUCUCUCUCCUCAUCAACUUCACCUGCGCCGAUCCCCAGCACGCCUUCAUCAUGGAUGUGAAGAAAGAUAUUGGAGAGGAUCACGAUCUGGAAGACCUUCUCCCUCAAGACCUGCCCAGGUUGAACACCACGUACAUAUGGGCCAUCAACGUCCCCUAUAAGGUUGGUGUGCGGAUAAACUUUGAUGGGACGCCAGUGUGGCAGACAGACCUCGCCCACUGUCCAGACCUGGUCCAGUACAGGGUGACGGGUCACGUUCAGUAUGACAACACGUCGGAGGUCCCAGUUGGUACAUUUUGUAGAAAUGGAACCAUUUCCAACCUGAAGAUUCAAGGUCGGACUUUGAUCACCCUCGAGGUGCCUUGGAGCGAGGUGAAUGAUGACACCGGAUUUCAGCUUUCCUUCGUGCCUCCAAUAGGAAUGUUCUCUGUGGUGACUGCGAUUCUCCAGCCGGGGUCUCUGGUUUACUUCAUGUCAGCCAACUGGCCGCUGGGCUUCCCCAAUGACGAGCUGAUGUCGUGGAAGGUGGCGGUGCCACCCAACUACCACGCCACGGUGACGGAGGAGAACUUCACCAAACCCAUCUGCGUGAAGCGAGAGGCCGGCUGGUUCUUCGGCCGCUCCGUCCUGGGAAAAAUAUCCGGUCAGUUUCACAAUACGUUCAUCAUCACCCUGCAGAACUGUGACAUGGAUUACUCCUACUCCAGCCGGCUCGACUUUAGGUUCCUUGUCCAGGUCUUCAACGACUACCACGACGGUUUUGAGAUCGACCUGCAGAGGCAAGAUGGUGUAUCGGUGCGUUUGAACCAGCUGUUGGACAGCAGCAAUGGCCUGUCCUGCAUCUGUCGUACUCCCGUCUCCUCCGACUGUGCGCCUGAGCUGCAGGUGGGACCCGGCGACCACCUCAAUGUGUCUGUCCACUUCAAGUGUAACCCGGAGACAGACAUCGCCGCUGAGGUGACCACCAACAUCUCCUGUGAGGUUUUUCCGGACUGUUCCAUCAGGCAGAUGGACCUGGUGGUCCCAGACACAAUCUCCUCCUGGCCCUUGGCGCAACAAACCUUCAAGUGGCUGGUGGAAGCCCCAGCGGAGUUGACCAUUGAGUUGUCCACCAAGCGCCUGAAGCUGCAGCAACUUGUCCCGGGCGAGCGGUGUGAUGGGAACAUCACGUACAGCAUGAGUACGUUGUGUGAACACGGUCUCCGCUCCACGCUGGGUCUGUUCUGUCCAGGUGGAGCAGUGGACAUGAUCCAGACCGCCGACACUGUGUCUCUGGAGCUGCUGACCACUGAUGGCUGGAACACCAAGGACAUGGACAUCCGCCUGGCCUUCGUGCCCAGAGUCACAGAGGACUACAUUGUGAAGGUCAGUCCCGUGGCCGGAGCUCCUGUUCACCUCCUGACUCCCAACUGGGGCGAGGGGAUGGCCAGCAAGAUGACCGUGUCCUGGGACAUCACGGUGCCGGAGGAGCAAGUGGUCAAGCUGAGCUUCCUGAACCAGUCGAUGCCAGUCUGCCUGCACGGGCAUGUGUUCGUCAGCGUGGACCAGCAGCGAGACGACUCCACCGUCACCAACUUCAGGGAGACCGAUGCCCUGCCCACCCACCCCCUGGUUCUCCCCCAUCGCUUCUGGCUCAACGUCUCCAACUGUGAACCUGAGCAAGGGCAACUGAACCUGGUGGUCCACCUGGUGGUGGCACAGCCUGAAGUUACGACGGACGUGUUGCUGAUUGUGGCGGCGGCGGCCGCGCGCUCUGGUCCUGAUCAUCGCCAUCGCACUGGUGGUGUGCUGCGUGAAACACUGAUGUGUAAGAGACAGCGCCCUCCGCUGGCGUAUGGCAUCUACAACCCCAGCGCGGGCCGUGGGAAGCGCCGAUUUGGGAAGAGUCGGGAGGACAACGAGUCUCACAUCUACGCGGUGAUCGACGAGGAUCGCGUGUACGCCGCGCAGUUCCACAAGGCCCAGCUCGUGUCCAUCCCAGAGGUGGAUGUUUACCGGCCCUUCCAGGGCCCGAUGGGAGACCAGCCCCCCUCAAGGGGCCCGCUACCCGACGCAAUGGUGACCAACGAGAUCUACACCUUCGUCGUGAAGAAGCAAGACGCAGGCACCAACGGGGAGAUGGUCACCUUCCUGGGCAGCAACGACACUCCUGCCAGCUGAUGGAACCGGUCCCACCCAGUAAAUACCUGCCCUCUCCACAAACACCUUGUACCUUCCGCAGAGUCCACCAGGGACUACACUGGAAGUUGGACGAUUUUAUACGGGACAAUUUUUACAUUUACCAAGCCAAUUAACCUACACACCUGCACGUCUUUGGAGUGUGGGCGGAAACCGAAGAUCUCCGAGAAAACCCACGCAGGUCACGGGGAGAACGUGCAAACUCCGAACAGACAGCGCCCAUGGUCGGGAUGGAACCCGGGUCUCUGGCGCUGCAUUUGCUUUAAGGCAGCAACUCUACCGCUGCGCCACCGUGGCUGCAGGAGUACGUCCCACCUUGUAAAUGCCUGCAAACACCUGUCCUCAGGUGUACAUAAGUCCCAUGUAAAUACCCGCCCUUUAAUACAUGCCCUCUCCUCAAACACCUGUCUACAGGUGAACACGUCCCACCCUGUACCUACCUACAAACACCUCUCCACAUGUGAACGAGUUUGACGUAAAUACCUGCCCUCGCUACAAACCCGUCUGCUGUUCAUGCAGAGCUGCGUGCGUGAGUGUGCGCCGGUCGAUGCAGCAGUCUUUGUUUCCAGGGACAUUCGACCAGGUGCGGCUCACCUGAGCUGCAAACCCUCGAGCUGCUCGUCUCCACGACACCUGGGCUCUACAAGAGAGGCAGCACCCCAGUGUUGUGGCUCGGACUCCUCUGUGUACAACAGCCCUCAAACCAGCCUGUCCCAGGGUGUGGUCUCCUGCCUUCUCCCCAUAUCCCCUGACUCCGCUAUCUUUAAGAGCCCUAUCUAGCUCUCUCUUGAAAGCAUCCAGAGAACCUGCCUCCACCGCCGUCUGAGUCAGAGAAUUCCACAGACUCACCACUCUCUGUGAGAAAAAAGUGUUUCCUCAUCUCCUUUCUAAAUGAUUUACUCCUUAUUCUUAAACUGUGGCCCCUGGUUCUGGACUCCCCUCAACAUCGGGAACAUGUUUCCUGCCUCUAGCAUGUCCAAGCCCUUAACAAUCUUAUAUGUUUCAAUGAGAUACCCUCUCAUCCUUCUAAACUCCAGAGUGUACAAGCCCAGCUGCUCCAUUUUCUCAGCAUAUGACAGUCCCGCCAUCCUGGAAAUUAAAAGGUGCAUAGCAUAAGAGUAGCGGGAAGCCAGAGGAUUGGGAAACUUUCAAAGGACAAUAAGACUGGCCUUGUAUUCACUGGAGUUUAGAAGGAUGAGAGUGGAUCUUAUAAAAACAUAUAAAAUUAUAAAAGGACUGGACAAAUUAGAUGCAGGUGGCGGAGGUUGGGGGGAGCACUUCGUGUCCAGUGAUCACAAUACCAUUAGUUUCAAUAUAAUUAUGGAGAAGGUCAGAUCUGGACCAAGUGGUGAGAUUUUUGAUUGGAGAAAGGUUAAAGGGCCUGUCCCACGGGCAUGCGACUCCAUGCGGCAAGCGCAACCUAAAGGGCCUGUCCCACC